GAUUCUUUUUAAAAUUUUUCCUCAAGUGCAAUCAGAAUUGUUUGAAAACAGCAGGAAACCCAAGGGAUAUGAGACGGUUUCAGGUUGUGUUGUCAACAACGGUGAAUGUGGAUGGACAUGUGCUGGCUGUUUCCGACAACAUGUUUGUUCAUAACAACUCCAAGCACGGACGGAGAGCAAGAAGACUUGACCCAUCGGAAGCUACCCCCUGCAUCAAAGCCAUUAGCCCAAGCGAAGGCUGGACCACAGGAGGAGCUAUGGUCAUCAUCAUCGGGGACAACUUCUUUGAUGGCCUCCAAGUGGUGUUUGGGACCAUGCUUGUAUGGAGUGAGCUAAUAACCCCACAUGCCAUCAGAGUGCAGACUCCUCCUCGGCAUAUCCCUGGAGUAGUGGAAGUGACAUUAUCUUAUAAAUCCAAGCAGUUCUGCAAAGGAGCCCCAGGAAGGUUCAUUUACACAGCAUUAAAUGAACCCACCAUAGACUAUGGCUUCCAGAGACUGCAGAAAGUCAUCCCGCGGCAUCCUGGUGAUCCUGAGAGAUUGGCUAAGGAAAUGCUGUUGAAAAGAGCAGCAGAUCUAGUAGAAGCCCUUUAUGGCACCCCACACAAUAACCAGGACAUCAUCUUGAAGCGAGCUGCAGACAUUGCCGAAGCCCUGUACAGUGUCCCCAGGAAUCCCAGCCAGAUCCCAGCUCUCUCCAGCUCCCCGGCUCACAGUGGCAUGAUGGGAAUCAAUUCCUAUGGCAGCCAGCUUGGCGUCAGCAUUUCAGAGUCAACACAAGGGAAUAAUCAAGGAUACAUCCGCAACACCAGCAGCAUCUCUCCACGGGGAUACUCUUCCAGCUCCACGCCUCAGCAGUCUAAUUACAGCACCUCCAGCAACAGUAUGAACGGCUACAGCAACGUCCCCAUGGCCAACCUGGGUGUCCCAGGAUCACCCGGCUUUCUAAAUGGCUCACCUACCGGCUCCCCAUAUGGAAUUAUGUCGUCGAGUCCCACCGUUGGAUCUUCCAGUACAUCCUCCAUCCUCCCGUUUUCCUCUUCGGUAUUUCCUGCUGUCAAGCAGAAGAGUGCCUUUGCCCCUGUCAUCAGGCCCCAAGGCUCACCUUCACCUGCCUGCUCCAGUGGCAAUGGAAACGGAUUCAGAGAUCUUGCAAUACGGGAAUGGAAGAAGAAAUCAACUCCACGUAGACAAAAGCAGUGUUCCUCAAGCCAGGUUCACAGACCUCUGCACGAGGAGUGUGAGGACUGA